AUGGGUCUCUUCACCCCCCUCCUCAACACAGGCAGCGCCCUGCUGCAGCACGCCGGCUCCCUCGCCUGGCCCCCACUCCUCUCCUUCUCCCGCGGCGCCAUCCUCGCCCUCCUCAAAAACAUUCAGCUCGGCUCGCUGCGCAUCACCGACAUCGACGGCACGCUGACUGUGUGCGGCAGCCCGCGAAGAGCAGAGCCCGCCGACGCCGCCGACAAGAAUGUCUACUCCAUCCCGCACACCGAGCUGCGCGUGCUCAACGACCUCUUCUGGGUGCGCUUGCUGCUGUUCGCCGAUAUGGGCUUCGCGGAGAGCUAUAUGCUCGGCGAGGUGGAGUGCUCGGAUUUGACGGCUUUCUUUAAGCUGUUUAUCGUUAAUCGGAAGUACUUGUCCAAUGGCACUACUCUUACUUCGAACAUCAGCGGGAAGGUGGCGGGGUUUGUUCGCAAGACGAAUACUCUUACGAAUUCCCGGUUGAAUAUCGCCGCGCAUUACGACAUCUCCAACGACAUGUUUGCCGCCUUCCUCUCGCCGGAUAUGACCUACUCGUGUCCCAUCUGGCUCCCCAAGUCCGAUUCGCAGUCCCGAAAGGAAACACUCGAACAGGCGCAAUACCGCAAGCUGUGUCGAUUCAUUAACAACGCGCGGAUCAAAUCGAACGAUCAUGUCCUGGAAAUCGGCACGGGCUGGGGCAGCUUCGCCAUCCUAGCGGUAGAAAAGACAGGCUGCCGCGUAACCAGCCUAACCCUCAGCGAAGAGCAAAAACGGCUAGCAGAAGAGCGGAUUAAGGCGGCAGGCUACCAAGACAAAAUCAAAGUGCUCCUCUGCGACUACCGCAGCCUGCCCGUCCCCGCCUCCGACGCGGACAAAUUCGACAAGCUCGUGUCGAUCGAAAUGCUCGAGGCCGUCGGCGCCGAGUUCCUCGUCGAGUACUUCCGCUGCGUCGACCGCUUGAUCAAACGCGACUCCGGCGUCGCCGUCUUCCAGUGCAUCACCAUCCCCGAAUCGCGCUACGACGCCUACUCCAAAUCCGACGACUUCAUCCGCCGCUACAUCUUCCCCGGCGGCCACCUGCCCUCCGUCACGCAGCUCCUCGACGCCAUCCGCGACGGCUCACGCUCGCCUGCUUCGCAGAACACGCCGCGCCUCAUCCCGGAGAGCAUCGAGAACAUCGGCCCGCACUAUGCGAAGACGCUGCGCCUGUGGCGCCAGAACUUCAUGCAGAACUUUGCUUCUAAGAUCCGGCCUGCGCUGCUUGCGGCACAUGCGGAGGGCGGGAAGAAGAUGGGCGAGGAGGAUGUGGAUCUCUUUCGCCGGAAGUGGGAGUAUUAUUUUGCGUAUUGCGAGGCCGGGUUUGCGACCAAGACGUUGGGGGAUGCUAUCGUUACGGUGGGGAGGGAGGGGGCGGUGCAGAUGAUGGAGGAUGUGCCGUUGUGA